AUGGAAACCCCAUCAUCUGGAACAGCAACGCCAGUGGACGUGGAGAUUGGUCCUGGGCAAAUUCGCAAGCGGCUCACAGUCACCUUCCGCAAUCUCAGUGUUCGAGUGACAGCGCCGGAUGCUGCACUGGGCGACACGUUAUGGUCGGAAGUUGAUCCACGUCGCCUCGGGAACAUCCUGGCCAGAAAGGAAAUGUCGAAGAGGACAAUCCUGGAAGACGUUUCUGGGCAGGUCAAACCUGGUGAAAUGCUUCUUGUCCUAGGUCGACCGGGCUCGGGUUGCACUUCACUACUUCGAGUACUUUCGAAUGAUCGAGAAACAUUCGAUGAGGUUGAUGGUGAUACAAGAUAUGGAAGUAUGGACUACAAAGCUGCAAAGAAGUAUCGCCAACAAAUCAUGUUCAACAAUGAAGAUGACCUUCACUUUCCAACUCUAACGGUCAACCGAACUAUGAAAUUCGCACUCCGGAAUAAGGUCCCGAAUGAGAGACCCGAAGAACUUGCAGACCGGAAAGAAUUUGUGCAGCAAAAGAGGGACGACAUUCUGGACUCAUUAGGCAUUGGUCACACGAAGAAAACGCGUGUAGGUAACGAAUUUAUUCGCGGAGUAUCUGGAGGUGAACGCAAGCGCGUCUCCCUGGCCGAAGUUCUUGCAGGACAGAGUCCCGUUCAAAUGUGGGAUAACCCAACACGAGGACUUGACUCCAAGUCCGCCGUUGAGUUCGCGCGCAUGUUGCGCCGGGAAGCCGAUAAGAACGAGAAGACCAUGAUCGCAACCACUUACCAGGCCGGUAAUGGAAUCUAUGACGAAUUCGACAAGGUUCUCGUGCUUGCCGAUGGCAAAGUCACUUACUACGGUCCGCGUGCCCUUGCAAGGGGCUAUUUUGAAUCCCUGGGAUUUAUUUGCCCGAAAGGCGCCAACAUUGCCGACUUUCUCACCUCCGUCACCGUUCUCACAGAGCGGAUCGUCCGCCCAGGAUGGGAAAGCAGAGUUCCAAACACCCCCGAAGAUUUCGAGGCUGCAUAUCGCGACAGCUCUAUUCACCGGGUCCAGAUCGAGUCCAUGGUUCCCACAGAGAAGCUCGUCUACGAAACUGAGGAUCUAAGCCUGGCUGUUUCCAGCGAGAAACGCAAGCAACAUCUACCCCGAGAGAGAAGUGUCUAUACCGCAGGUCUGUGGGAUCAAAUUGGCUCCUGUACUCUCCGGCAGUUUCAAAUCAUGUGGGGUGAUAAAUUCUCUCUUGUCGUCAAGGUCGUCUCGGCUAUCAUCCAGGCGUUGGUUUGCGGUUCUCUUUUCUACAACCUGCCAGAGGACAGCAGUUCUAUCUUCAUGCGUCCUGGUGUCCUGUUCUUCCCCGUUCUUUACUUCCUGCUCGAAUCUCUUUCUGAAACUACUGGGUCUUUCAUGGGCCGUCCGAUCCUUUCCCGACAAAAGCGCUUUGGGUUCUAUCGACCAACGGCAUUCUGCAUCGCAAAUGCUAUUACGGAUAUUCCUGUGGUGAUGGUUCAAGUGUCUUGCUUCUCACUCAUCCUUUACUUCAUGGCAGCUUUGCAGAUGGAUGCUGGUCGUUUCUUCACUUUCUGGAUCAUCGUCAUUGCACAGACCUUGUGCUUUAUUCAGCUCUUCCGUUCUAUUGGCGCAGUCUGUAAGAAAUUCGGCAACGCUUCUAAAAUCUCUGGUCUACUCUCGACAGUCUUCUUUGUUUACGGAGGCUAUCUCAUCCCUUUCCACAAGAUGCACGUUUGGUUCCGCUGGAUCUUCUAUCUUAACCCAGGAGCAUAUGCUUUCGAGGCACUCAUGGCAAACGAGUUCGUUGGUCGGGAAUUCCAAUGCAUUGAGCCAGACUACAUCCCGUAUGGUGCCGGGUAUCCUAGCUCUGCUUCUCCCCAUCGAGGAUGCUCAGUGCUCGGUAGCAACCAUGUUGGUGUCAUUGAUGGAGCCGCAUAUAUCCGGGAACAGUACAGCUACUCAUUCCACCACAUCUGGCGCAGCUUCGGCAUUAUCAUUGGUUUCUGGAUUUUCUUCAUCGGACUCACCUCCCUUGGUUUUGAACUCAAGAACAGCCAGAGCGGCUCAUCGGUUCUGCUUUACAAGCGUGGAAGUGAGAAGCAAGAACGUAACAAUGACGAAGAAAAGAUGUCACGGAGUCAACAGCCAGCGAGCCUGGGUGCUCUGCAGGGCUCAGUCAAACAUUCCACCUUCUCGUGGAACAACCUUGACUACCAUGUUCCUUUCAAUGGAGAAAAGAAGCAGCUACUUGAUAAAGUUUUCGGGUUUGUCAAGCCCGGAAACUUAGUCGCCUUGAUGGGAGCCUCAGGUGCUGGAAAGACAACAUUGCUUGAUGUUCUCGCGCAGCGAAAAGACUCUGGCGAAAUUUAUGGGUCGAUCCUCAUCGACGGACGCCCCCAGGGAAUUAGUUUCCAGCGAACAACUGGAUACUGCGAGCAGAUGGAUGUUCACGAGAGCACUGCGACUGUUCGGGAGGCGCUCGUAUUUUCCGCAGUCCUCCGCCAGCCUUCCACUACAUCCUACGAAGACAAAAUUGCAUAUGUUGAUCACAUUAUUGACCUUCUCGAACUCAGAGACAUCGGCGAUGCACUGAUCGGGGUUCCUGGUGCCGGUCUGAGCAUUGAGCAGCGCAAGCGUGUAACUCUUGGCGUUGAACUUGUCGCAAAGCCUACCCUACUGUUUUUGGAUGAGCCCACAUCUGGUCUCGAUGGACAGAGUGCCUACAACAUUGUCCGGUUCCUACGGAAGCUCGUUGAUGGAGGACAAGCUGUUCUGUGUACAAUCCACCAACCGUCUGCUGUCCUUUUUGAUGCAUUUGACGGCCUUCUUCUUUUGGCUAAGGGUGGCAAGAUGACAUAUUUUGGCGAAACUGGAGAGGACUCCAACAAGAUCUUGGAUUAUUUUGCACGCAACGGCGCUCCAUGCCCGCCAGAUGCUAACCCAGCUGAGCAUAUCAUUGAUGUUGUUCAGGGAAGUAGAGAUGGCAGUGGUGUGGACUGGGUCGAUGUUUGGAGCAAGUCGAAUGAGCGACAACAGGCACUCGCUGAACUUGAGGCUCUCAACAAGGCCAAACAGGCCGAUCCUGACUAUAUAGAGGACACCGCAGAUUAUGCCACAUCGCACUGGUUCCAAUUCAAGAUGGUUUCCAAGCGUCUUGCGGUUCAAAUCUGGCGAUCUCCGGACUAUAUGUGGAACAAGAUGAUCCUUCACAUCUUUGCGGCCCUUUUCAGUGGAUUCACCUUCUGGAAGAUUGGAGACGGCACGUUCUCGCUUCAACUGCGACUGUUCGCUAUUUUCAACUUCAUUUUCGUUGCCCCUGGUUGCAUUAAUCAGAUGCAGCCAUUCUUUUUGCAUAACCGCGAUAUUUUUGAGACUCGUGAAAAGAAGUCAAAGACAUAUCACUGGAUCGCUUUUAUUGGCGCUCAGACUAUCACGGAGAUCCCAUAUCUCAUCAUUUGUGCAACACUUUACUUCUUGUGCUUUUACUUCACAGCCGGAUUUCAGUCUGUGGCCAGCAUUUCUGGUCACUUUUACCUUCAGAUGAUAUUCUACGAGUUCUUGUAUACCUCAAUUGGACAGGCCAUUGCUGCCUAUGCACCGAACGAGUAUUUCGCUGCGGUCAUGAAUCCAGUUCUUAUCGGCGCUGGCUUGGUCAGUUUCUGUGGUGUUGUCGUACCUUACAGCCAGAUGCAGCCAUUCUGGAGAUACUGGAUUUACUAUCUCGAUCCCUUCACCUACCUUGUUGGAGGCCUUCUUGGCCAGGUCCUGUGGGAUGUCAAGGUGACAUGCGAGCCAUCUGAAUAUGUCACCUUCAGCGCCCCAUCAGGACAGACUUGUGGCGAAUAUAUGGCCGACUUUCUUUCAACCCAAGCUGGCUAUUUGCUUGAUUCCAAUUCCACCAGCAUCUGCUCCUUCUGUCAAUACUCCACCGGUGCCGACUAUGCAAAGACUUUCAACCUCAAGGAGAAGUAUUAUUCUUGGAGAGAUACCGGGAUCACUGCGAUUUUCUGCAUCACAUCAUAUGCACUUGUGUUCUUGAUGAUGAAGAUGAGAAGCAAGAAGACGAAGAGCGCUCGGUCGGAAUGA